AAUUCAUGAGACACGUGAUUGAUACACGGUCCUCGCUACUGAUCAAUACGAUUAAUGCUUAGAUCGGCAUAGUUAACUCAUCUGUUCUUCCUCGAUCAAUACGAUGCCUGCGAUGAUCUUCAAUCGAGCGUCCCGACCCUUGGUAGCGCAGGGAUCUCUUCCGAACCAUUGCUCCUAAUCUCCACAACGGAUCUCAACAAGAGACCCUCACUUACCUUUUUGGGCACUGAAGAAGCGAUGUUCAGAGACAAAUUGGUCUCUUCUGCGCAAACCGUUGGGCUAGAAAAACACAUAUAAACCGGACCAUGUCUCGUCCAUUCUCUUUCCUCUCGGUCCAUCAACCACGAAGAAAGCAAUGAGCCCCCCGGCCAAAGGAACAUAUGGGGGGGGGGCCAAGUGCCAGUUCGACAACGAUUGCAACUCAAGGCAGUGCGGGUUGAAUGGAGAGAAGUUCUGUGCAAGCAGGGGCCAAUACACGGCGCCAGGACUUCCGUGCUUGAGGGACCGGGACUGUUGCUCGAACAGCUGCAAGGUUAAUUUUGAUGCUGGUGUACCGCUUCCCGUGCCCCAGUGUUCUUAGAUGUUUUCAAGGAUAUCACCUGUACUGUACUCCGAUGUGUGGUGUAUUAUGUUAAUAGCGGUGGACAUUUGUAUACUCUCGAUGUAUCAUAAAACAAUUC